AUGGAAGAAGAAGAUCGCUCAUCUCCACCUCUACGCAUUCCAGACAGGAUUUUCGCGGUGGACCAUGAACCAGUCGGCGUUAGAGUAACGCCAUACCACAAACCCUAUGCCAUUAGGCAAAUACUCAACACUCUCGAUCCUGAAGAAGUAGACACCAUCAGGGGCUCAUCGUUCGGGAAGCUUAUUGUGAUUGGGGAGAAGCCUUCUUUCUCCGGACGUUUUGGCCGUUUCAUAAUCUCCAAGCAGCUAUUAGUCUCAAGCAAACACGAAGCUUGGUUCAUCUUCGCAGGCAAACCUGUACGUUUUUCUCUUCGAGAGUUCGCCUAUGAGGUCCCCGUCACUUCUGUUGUAAGAAUGCUAAAGAAAAGAACCGUCAAAGAUAGCUGCAUUCGUGUGAAAUACGCUCUAUUAGCUUUACUAGCUGCUGUUAUUCUACCAACCACGCACACACCGCGUAUCUCACACGAUCACGCAGAGCUUAUCAAAGACAUAGAUGAUUUCUUUGCAUACCCAUGGGGCAGAGUAUCCUUUGACAUGCUCAUGAGUAGUAUUAAAGAGAGGAAGGAGGUUUCACUGUCGCAAAACACCAUUGCUCUGAAAGGAUUUGUGCUUUCACUACAGCUUGUAAUGGUCGAAGCCAUCCCUGCUCUAACAGAGGUUGUCAACGAUGGAUCCUCAUCUGGCUCAGAAAGUGACGGCUGUGAGGAAGAUGAUCUAGUAGAUGAAGAUAAGAAUGGGAAGCGGAGCCUCAGCCCGGGUCAUGCUCGCGUCAUUGACGCAGCUGGAGAGGUCGCAGUUCAUUCUAUAAUAGUAGAAGACAAAGAACACUUCAAAGCGUCACCUGAUCUUGGCUGGUCGGACGACGAGGAGGAUCCUAUCGUGGACAAUUUGAUGAGUCUACUCGAGCAGCAAUUUCCCUUCAACAAGUCAAGCUUUACCGGUGGCGUAACUAAGCUAGAGGUCAAUAGGAUGCGCGAAGAUGCAAAAACAGAGGCAAUUAACCAGAAAACAGUGAAGCCAAAGCAGACAAAACAGACAACAACCUCAGAGGUCAUAGAUGUUGAAUCAGUUGCAUCGAUGGUCAGAGACAAAGUUAGAGAAGAUCUUUCCCGGAUUGAGAGGCAAUUAAGCACGCUUUCUGAAUCUUUUAUCACCUUCCAAACCAAUGUCCUAGAAAGAAUCCAACAAUUGGUUCGUAAAUCGGAGGUUUCUUCUGGCCAGAUACCAGUUAGCUCUUCAGCGCAGACUGAAAAUGUUUCCAAUGUCCCUAGAGAUGGCCAACAUCGAGACAUCAGGCGCACUUCACCACACUGUGUAGGUAUUCAUACCGAAUCCGCCCAAAAUGAUAUUAUCAACGACGCUAUCCGAUUCGCAAACCAAACAACAUCAUUGCCUGUCGAUGGCCUGAACGGAGGACAAGGGAUUCAGCCAGUGAUACACACCGGAAAUCAGACACAGCGCGACAGCCAUGAAGAGAUGAUAACUGACCAUCCCCCCGGUGCAAUCCUAUUCUCAAAUCAAGCAAAUACAUUUUAUGUCGAUGUUGCCAGUAACACAUCUGCAUCGUUGGUCGUUGACAAUCCCCCACCAACAUAUUCCCUUGGCCGUGAAGGAAAAGUUGCUGAUCAUAGGCAAUGUUCAGCAGAUAUGAACCUUGACCCUGAGUUACUAUUCACAAAACCAACCUUCUCCCUAGGUCUAACUCAGGAGGAACGUCCACACCUGAAAGAGACUGUCACUGAAGGGGUUAGCAUGUGUGAAAAUGAUGUUGAUCAUAGUCAAAGCUCACCAGAUACGAAUCUUGACCAUGAGUUACCAUUCCCAAAACCAACCUUCUCCCUAGGGCUAACUCAGGAGGAACGCCCGCACCAGAAGGAGGCUGCCACUGAAGGCGAUACUACGUGCGCAAAUGCUGCUGGCAAAGAAAUUUGCGAACAGGAUGAUCAGCUGGGUGCCUGCCGGAAAAGUAAGAGACUUAAGGCCCUACCCAAGUCUCUGGUGGGACAGUAUGAAUGCGACAUGCGUCUCCUCAAUCGGGCCCGAGUAGCAUUUGUAGAUCCCGACAACAUAGGCGGGAACAUUGAUUACGCUGCUAAGUUCUCUUCCCUCCUCGAUAAACUGAAGACACCAUUUACAAUACACAUUGGCCAAUCAACGCUAGAGAGCAAUGACCUAAAAGAGCUUGUUCAAAGAUCCUCUCCCUUGCCACCAAAGGUGGUUGAUGUUCUCAUUGGCCAUAUCAGUUCACAGUUUACGCUAAACUCACCCCCAAACCAGUCCAACCACCCUGUGUUCAUGGACACUCAGUUUGUUUCCCAGCUCUCAAAACUGUUUACCAAGUUUUCUAAGAUGUCCAAGAAAGAGUCCUUCCGGUUUCCCAGCCAUAUACUUGAGCGAGUACGAAGUUAUCCAGACGCUGACCGUUACUAUCUUCCUUUCAUUCUCGACAGAAAACACUGGGUCGGUGUUUGCGUUGAUUGCAGCAGCUGGUCAAUUGUUCUGAUGGACUGCAACAUAGAACUCAGGACUGACAGCAUGAUGGUGAAAGAGGUUACUCCCAUUGCUCAGAUGUUUCCAUACCUGCUGAAACAAUGGGGUAAACAGCUUCUGCACAAAGAUGCUAGAGCAUUUCCCAUUGAGAGACCUCGUAGCAUUCCGCAAAAUACAUCUCAUGCGGACUCUGCUGUGUCAGCCCUUCUUCUCGUGCAAGCUCACGCCGUCGCAGGUGUCAACCUCUGCAAAUGCAUUACCCCUGAUAAAAUCGGCAGCGAAGUUGAGAGGCUGGCGGUUAUGUUUUACGAAGCCACCGUGGGAAUGCUCUAA